AUGAUUGGGUACCACAAUGCCUCAAGUGUCCUUACCCUCCUGGUCCUCCUGACAGGGGCUUCUUUCCUCCAUCGGUCCAGCUCCCAUCCUAUCAACAUCCCUCAGGAUGUGGAUAGCCCACAUGGAAAUACUCCUCCUGAGCUGAAGGUGUCGGGAGACAGGGAAAGAAGGGAUGGGGAAAGACAAUCAUUACAGAAAGAAGAGGUAGAGGCAGAUGAGGAGCUCUUUAAAGAUGUGGAUCCCAAAACACUGGCAGCAGUUUUACUGGAGGCACUGAAUCACUCACAAGUAGAGAGAAGGAAGGAGGGAGAAGAGCAUGAUAGAAUGGAAGAAGAAAUCAAGGUUGACAGUGGGGAGCAUAAAAAAGAGGAGGAGUACAGACAAGUUAGAACAAUGGAGGGAGCAGACAGAGACAGAGAUGGACGACAGGAGCUAGAGCUGCUGAUGGCCGCACAGGGCAAGGAGCAGGAAAGAGAGGAGGAAGAGGAAAGGAAGAAAGCUCAAGAAGAAGAGGAGAAGAUGACUGAGAAGGUGACCAGUCGCACCACGAGCCAGGCAGUUCAGGUCCGAACAGAACAGCAGCCGGCUAGUCGAGAUGGAAGAGGGGAGGAUGGGAAGGGUGCUGCCCUCCAGCGGGGACCAACCAGCUCUGAACAAGGUAACAAUGAGGAGGAGGAGCAGCUCAAUCCAGAGGAGCUGAAGAGCCUUGAGACCAUGAUGAAGGAGUUUCCUCGUUUGGACACAGCCACCAAGAGGAAGGGAGAUUCAGGGCAAAACCAGAGAGAGAGCCGAGGUUACAGCAACCACAAUGACAUCAUACCAAUAAAUAAAGGCAGCAACCUGGCCUUGACUAAGAAGAAACUGAAAUGGCAAGAAGAGACACAGAAAGCCAUGAAUUUGCCAGCAUUCAGAGGAGGCAAUUUCAUGGAUGACUUUGAGGACAGUAACUAUGUCGGUAAUGCGGAACAGUCCCAGCCUCCAGUAGAGCAGGAGGUGAUGGAGGAAGAUGAACCAGAGGAGGAAGAGGAGAAGGAAGAUGAGGAGGUGUUGAGUCCAGAGGAGGAGGAGGCCCGGGCCAAAGCAGAGCAGGAGGAAAUGAGGAGGCAGGCAGCUGAGGCACAGAGAGCCAAGAUGGAGGAGGAAAAGUUGGCUGACAUCGCCUCGGACAUGCUGCUGCGCUACAUGGUCAAACAGAAUAACGGGAACAAGAAGUACAGCUCAUCUCUGUCAAACGCUGCAGAAGACAAGAGGUCCAAUGAGGAACAGGAAGUCACGGAGGAGGAUGAUAUCGAUCCCCAGACCAUCGACAAGCUGAUUGAAAUCUCCAGCAAGCUCCACCUCCCGGCCGACGACGUGGUGGACAUCAUCAGUGAUGUGGAGAAAAAGAAGAAGAAAGACGUGCCGCCUGAGUUGAUGUCACACUGGCAACAACCACUAAAGCCCUUGUCGUCUUCAUUCUCAUCUACCAAUGGUUUCUCAGCAUCACAGAUUUCAACCAAUCAAAAUAAUUUCCCUAUCUCCAAGCAGUCCUCUCCGACUGUCAAUCUCCGCAAAAUGUGGUUCCAGGAGAAAAUGCCAGCAAUAUCACACGAUCUUUGGAGCAAACCUGCAAACCCUCUGCCAGCCAAUCAAAAUCUGUGGUCCAAACCUCAGAAGACUCUGUCAAUUAAACAGGACCUCUGGCUCAAACCACCCAAGUCUGUUUGGAGCAGCUACCCUUCUUACCCCUACAUUUACCCAUUCUACUACCAGAAGAAGCCUUAUCCAGACUACUACCCCAUCUAUUUUCCACCUCCCCCAAGACCCAAACCCCGUUACUACAUCCCCAAACCUGCUCUCACCUUCAAUAACUUCCUGGGAAAUUCUGUGGAUGAUGCCCACACUUUCCCUCCUAAACGCCGUUACUACAGCUGGGUCCAACCCCGGCUGAGAAAACCCCCCUCAGGCCUCCAACAGAAACCUUACUACGCCAGCUACCCCCUCCCACUGUACCCCCAGUCAUUUCAGCCAGUACCUAUGCCCAAACCACGUUCCUCUCCCCGAAUGCCUGGAAUCUCUCCUCAACAGAGGCAAAUUUAUUACUCGGCCCUGGCACCUGCAGUGACGAGAAAUGAAGAUUAUUAUGCGGCUGGAAAACAGUCAGACAGCAGCAGCCGUGACGGUCUGGAGAAAUACAUCCAGCAGAUACUCGUGAAGAGACCACAAAUGCUGGACUGA